CAAAUGCAACCUACACCAUAGACCUCAUUCAAUGGCUCUUUCUCCAUCUCGUCCUCUGCUCAUGAAGCUUCCUCUCCUCAUCUUCUCUUUCUAUUGCUUCUCCAUCAUCACGGCCUAUUCCGCUUCCCGCCACUACACUUCGAUUUUCAGCUUUGGAGAUUCAUUAGCCGACACCGGCAACUUUCUCGUCUCUGGCGCCCUUCCAUUUCCUGCAAUUGGUAGACUCCCUUAUGGCGAGACCUACUUCCGCCGUCCAACUGGCCGUUGCUCUGAUGGGCGCUUGAUUGUCGACUUCAUUGCUGAGUCAUAUGGGCUUCCGAAGCUACCACCAUAUCUAGGACAUUCGCAUGGGCAAGAUCCACGGCAAGGAGUGAAUUUCGCAGUGGCAGGAGCAACUGCUCUCGAUUUCACCUUCUUUCAAGAGAGAAAUCUUGCUAGAACAAUGUGGACAAACAGUUCGUUGAAUCAACAGCUAAGAUGGUUUGAGGAAUUAAAGCCUUCCCUUUGCAACACAGAUAAAGAUUGCGCCGAUUACUUCCGUAAAUCCCUAUUUCUGGUGGGAGAAAUCGGUGGAAACGAUUACAACUAUGCCUUCUUUCAAGGUGCAAGCAUGAAACAAAUCCGAUCGUUUGUGCCCCAAGUCGUCGACACCAUUGCAUUUGUCACCAGCAGAUUGAUCGAGCAUGGGGCGGUGGAUCUUAUGGUGCCCGGAAAUCUACCGAUCGGAUGCUCUUCCCUCUAUCUUACUAUCUUCUACACCCCUAACAAAGCAGAAUACGAUCCACGUAACGGUUGCUUACCGGCACUAAACCGUUUCUCGCGCUACCACAAUUCGCAACUCCGACGGGCUUUAGAAGGACUACGCCAAAAGUAUCCACACGCGAAUAUCGUAUAUGCCGACUACUAUGGUGCAGCCAUGCGAUUCUUUCACGCCCCGCAACAUUUCGGAUUUACAAGUGGGGCUCUAGUAGCUUGUUGCGGUGGGGGAGGUCUGUACAAUUUCAACGUAUCGGCUCGAUGUGGUCAUCUUGGAUCAUGGGCCUGUAGUGAUCCAUCGACACACGUGAAUUGGGAUGGGAUCCAUUUAACCGAAGCGGCGUACAGGAUCAUUGCCACUGGUUUGAUACAAGGCCCAUACUCUAACCCACCAAUGUCAUCCCUUCAUCUUCACCGUUGAUUAUGUAUUUCCCUCUCUUGUUACAAAAUAAAGUCGUUCAGAUCUCGAAUAA